AACAGAUGCCAUGCAGCGGAGGAAUGUAAAGGUCUUGGAAGCUGCUAUUGAAAAUGCCAAGAACUCAUUUAACGUGGAUAAAAUGAGGAUCGAUAUUAAGAAGGCAGAGGGUUUACUUGCUAGAUUGAAAAAGCUGGAAGGGUUCAUUCAUCCUAUUACAAAAAUUGAAAGCGACACUUUGUUUGAAGUACGACGGUACACCAAUCCAAGACCAGCUAUUAGAGACGUCUUAAUAGCCACGUACAUUUUACUUGGACAUGAUAUAGAGUCCGCUCAGAAGUGGGAGUACCUACAGACACAGCUAACGAAGUCAGGACGAGAUAGUCUUCAGUCAUUGGUGCUCCACUGUGACACGGAGUCUGUGCCUCGAGGUAGAGCAGAAUUUGCUGACCAGUUACUGAAACCGUUAGAUCUGAAAGCAGUUCGGGAAGCCAGCAACGAGGCAGCAAAGCUUUAUCAAUGGGCUUCCCAUGUUAUCGAAGUUAAACUAAAGGAAACAGAGAAAGAGCCAGAGAAGCAGACCGUUGAACCUAAAUGUGAAAGUGUAGAAAAUAUAUCGGAAGCUGAAGUCAAACUUAUCCCGAAAAGGUCCUCAGUUACAUCCAGAACCUCAUCUCUAAGAUCUGUCCGGCCUAAGGUUGACUCCAUAAGGAAGAAGGGCGAUAAGGCAAUAAUUCCGAAAAAGUUCAAAGGUCAGACUGAAGCUGUGAGGUCUUCCUCUGAACGUUUCCUUUGGCCAAAACGUUAAUGUAGGAAAGGUCUCGAUAAUAACUUCUAUAAGCACUAAAUGAUGUAGAAAAUUUC